AUGUCGAAGCGCAGGGCGUCUAUAGUCAUAUUAGAAGGAUUCAAGAGCUACAAAGAGCGAACUGUAGUAGACUUGGAUCCAAAUCUGAAUAUCAUAGUUGGUCAAAAUGGUUCUGGGAAAUCUAGUUUUCUUCUUGCCAUCCAAUUUAUCGUGGCGGAAAAAUAUUUUAAUAUGCCCCCUGGGUUAAGAAAAGAACUCAUGCAUAAUGACAGUGUUGAGACUGCAGAAGUUCUACUAAUAUUUGAUAAUUCCGAUAAUAGAUUCCCCAUGAAUAAAACCGAAGUUACUUUGAAACGUGUGAUCACUUCCAAUACAGACAACUUCUUUCUUAACGGAAAAAGAACCAACAAAGCUGAAAUAAAGAAGUUGUUGAAUGCAGUCGGAAUUUUUUCAUCAAAUCCGUUUUUCAUUAUAGAACAGGGGACGAUAAACGCAGUUGCAACAUUUCCUCCGACCUUACGAUAUGAAAUUGUUAGGCAAUUGGCGGGAUUAGAAAAAAGUAACAACGCACAAAAUUUUAACGAUCGCAUCGAUAAAAUAAAAAUAAAAAUUGUACACGCCCAAAGAAAGUACGAUUGUAUCAGAAUAUCCUACGAAGAAAUUAAGGAAGAAUCAAAAGCAGUUAAAAUCGUCCAAAAUUACGAUAGAAGACUCGUUACCAUUAAUUAUGUCCUCACCGAAAGGCAAUUGGAGGUUGACAAAAAAGCAAUAGGGAAGUUGACCCAACAAAUAUCCGAGCUUACCGAGAAGAAAGAGUUGUACGAAACGGAAUUGGCAGGUUUAGAAAAAAACGAAAAACAAUUCCAAAAACGCGUUAAAGUUAUCGAUAAGUUGUUGCCCAUAAAAGAAAUGGAGUUAAAUGGUUUACAAAAAGAGCACGAAGUUUGCUUAAAAGAAAAAACUAGUUUGAAAAUGACGAUUGAAGAAUUGAAGCAGGAAACUCGGGCCAAAGGCGAAAUGGAUGCAAAGUUGGCCCAACUCGACUCCAAAUGCGCGAGCAAAAAGAAGAGACUUGACCAGAUGCAGUCCCGGUACGUCGAGUUGCGACAAAAGGAAGAAAGCCAUUCGCGCGAAUUGUCCAAAUUCGAGCAACAGCGGGAUAUUUUACUGGGCAAGCAAGGCCGCAGCGGUCAAUUCGAUUCGAAGGAACACAGGGAUGCUUGGAUCAACGAGCAAAUACGAAUUUUAAAAACUCAAAUAAGCGAUAAAAAGGAGUUGCGGGAAAAAAUAUCGAGAGGCUUGGAGCUCGAUCGUCGAUCGGUUUCCAAGCUAAAAGAGAAAUAUGAUGAGGGAAAAACUAAAUUGGAAGAAUACAAAACGUCGUCCAGCCAAUGUGAUAAGUUGCUUUUCGAAUUGAAUGGUGAAGUGGAUAAAAUCCGAAAUGACAUGAACAAUUUCUGGUACAGAAAGCGAGAGAAAGAAGAACAACUUUCGAUGUUCAAAGAGCAAGUAUCCAAAGCGCAUCAAAAAUUAUCGGGAAAGAUCGCCAAAUCCAUUAUGAAUGGAAUCGAGGGCGUUCAUAAGGUUUUGGAAGAAUUCAAAUCUGGCGGAGAAGAUGACAUUACUAAGCACUACUACGGUUUGAUAAUCGACAUUUUCCAUUGCGAUGAAUCUCUUUAUACAGCCGUCGAUGUCGUCAGUAAGACGAAACUAUUUUAUCACGUCGUCGAAUCGAAUCAAAUAGCUACGUCGAUUUUGAAAAAAUUCAAUGAAAUGAAAUUACCCGGAACUCCGUACUUCAUGCCUUUGAAUAAACUGAAGGUAGAAGAAAUUACUUAUAAAAAAGUGGGACCUAAUAAGCCGUUACUGGACUGUUUAAAUUUCAAUCCGAAAUUUCGCAAAGUGAUGCUCUAUAUGUACAAUAAAAUAUUGCUUUGUUCCGAUAACGAUACUGCCAGCAAGACGGCAAGAACUUCUAGAAUGAAUUGCGUUACAUUCGAUGGAGGAUACAUACAAUCAAACGGAGUUUUAUCUGGAGGGUAUUUAAACCAAGAGAAAUUGUUCAUUACUUUGUAUAAAACGUACGUCUCGGCAAAAAAGGAGCAAACGAUCAGUGAAAUGGAUCUAAAAGCACUUGAUAAUGAUUUUCAAGAUCGUAAAAGGACAUCUGAAAAUAUCCAGCAUCGAAUUCAGCAGAUCGCUAAUGAAAAAACUCAAGCAGAGCGAAUGGUCGACGAAUAUAAAGCAAAAGUUGGUUCAGUUAAAGAAAAAUUGUCGAAUUUGGAGAUUUCGAUAAGAACGAACGAACAGUUACUGGUAAAGUACGCGGAAGACAUUGAAGACUUUGAAACGAAACAAAGGGCUUUCGAACGGGAGUUGCAACAGGAUUUUCUGUCCCAACUAUCCUCUCAGGAACAAAAGGAAGCCGAUGAUCUGCUGAACAAUAUACAGGUUUUGAAGAAAACCGUCGCAAAAGCUACCACAGACCGCAUGAUGUUGGAAAUCGAAAAGGACAAAGCGGAAAGUGAACUUUCCAAAUACACACGCCUUUACCCUCAUUUGGAAAAGGAAAAGAAUCAAAUAACCUUAAACGAGGAAAAACUUGCCCAAAAGCUCAUCGAAAAAAGGAAUAUAAACGAAAAAAUUAACCAAAUCAAAGAAAAAAUUCAGUCCGUGGAACUUUUUAUUAAAGAUACAGUCGAUGGGAAACGGCAGGAAUCCGCUGAUAGAGAAAAAUUACUUGAAAAAUUAGAUUACACUAAGGAACAAAUGGAAGAAAUUACCUUGCAAUUAGCGAAGGUCACUAAGAAAGAAGCAAGUGUAAGGGACCGGAUUGUGGAUUGUGAAACAAAAUUGAAGAACGAGGUUUUUUUCUCGCGAGAAUUACAUACUGAAUAUUCUGCUCUAACUGACGCUUUGUUGUUUAAGGAAAAGGACGGUCUAGUUAAAAAAAUAAAAAAUCUAGAUCAUUGCGACAAAAAGUGCUUACGUUUCCUCGACUUUUAUUACCAGAGAGAAGCGUUAUACAAAAAGAAAUUAGGAGAAUUCAACGUUUGCUUUGAGAAAUGUCAAGAGUUGGUUGCAAAACAAGAACAUUGUACAAUGGGACAAUUAGAGUUCACUUUGGCCCAAAUUCGAAGAUAUUUCGAAGAGAUAUUCAGGAAAAUCGUGCCCGAGGGCUCCGGCAAGGUGGUCUUCUUGCGUGUUCAUGAAGACUCCGAGGAGACAAAUGCCAUAAGAGGAAUCGACAUUAAGGUUUCAUUUAACAACAUCGCCCCUGAAAUGCAGAGUAUUCAACACCUUUCUGGCGGACAGAAAACGCUUAUUGCCUACGUGUUUAUAUUGGCCCUUCAAAAAUGCGAUCCCGCUCCUUUCUAUGUACUAGACGAAAUCGAACAGGCUUUGGAAUCUAAAUACAGAAGCGUUAUGGCAAAAAUACUUCGGCAAGUAUCCACCGAAUCACAAUUAAUAGCAACUACAUUCAAUGCCGAUUUACUGGAGUACUCCCGUAAAUGUUUCGUCGUUCAGUAUUACAACAAAUUAUCGAAUAUUACAGAAAUUGCCCAACAGAAAGCGAUUCAAUUCGUCUCGAGAGUAUAACCUUUUGAAAGUUUUGCUUUGUUUUAGGGAAUUUUUUUAUCAAUUUUUUAAUGUUAUUUCGUGUUUUAUGUUUUUCCGACGUACUGUUUAAAUUUUUAUCUAUAUUAUUAGCAACGUUCUUGUUCAUAAUUUUCGUUUAUUUUUGAGUUUCAUUAAUCGUUGUUUUCUCUUCCCUUCGAAUACUCGAAUACUUUAAGUUUUGUGUUCAAAUUUUCGUAAUAAAAGUUCUUUUGCCGUUUCGUUACGUUUCUCUUUUAGAAUACAUUUUGGUUCAAUUCUUUUGAAAAAAUAAAAAUUUUGGGCCAACCUGGUAUGUUUCUGUCAGCUAU